AUGGCCAUCCUUUCAUAUAGUUCAAAUCCAGUUAACAGCACUUUGAGGCCUAUACAGUAUUUGAGUCAAACCCAAAUUGACCCAGUUCCCAAAAUUGCUUCAAAUGGAUUUCUUGGUAUAUAUGAGCAGUUGUUGUCGUAUAACUUUUACUCAACCAAGCCCCCUUCGCGAUCUUUUAGAAGGAGAGAAAGUAAAAGAGUCAAAUCCAGUAAAUCAACUCUUGAUGAAGUCCAAUUUCAAAGGGCCAUAUCCCAGUUGUUGCCUAGAUUUACACCUGAAGAACUUUGCAAUGUUAUAACUCAGCAAGACGAUCCUAUUGUGUGUUUAGAGUUGUUCAAUUGGGCAUCGCAACAGCCACGGUUCAAACAUGAUGUUUCUACUUAUCACAUUACGGUAAAGAAACUUGGGGUAGCCAAAAUGUAUGAAGAAAUGGAUGAUGUUGUCAAUCAAGUGCUUGCUAUUUCCUACAUUGGUUCUGAGGCACUUUACAAUUCCAUUAUCUAUUUUUUCACAGAAGCCCGGAAGUUGACUAGAGCUGUCAAUAUAUUUAAACACAUGCAGAAUAGCAGAAACUUGAAUUGUAGGCCUUCAAUUAGGACGUAUAAUAUUCUUUUUACGGCCUUUUUGAGUAGGGGAUCUAAUUCUUACAUAAAUCACAUGUAUAUGGAGACCAUUAGGUGCCUGUUUAGGCAAAUGGUGGAUGAUAGGAUUGAACCUGAUAUUUACUCUUUGAAUUCUAUGAUUAAGGGGUAUGUACUUUCCCUUCAUGUCAAUGAUGCACUUAGAAUAUUCCAUCAGAUGGGUGUGGUCUAUAAUUGCUUGCCCAACUCAUUUUCGUAUGAUUAUCUCAUUCAUGGGUUAUGUUCCCAAGGCCGAACAAACAAUGCUAAGCAGCUGUGCAAUGAAAUGAAGAGUAAAGGGUUUAUCCCAAGUAGUAAAUCAUACAACUCGCUUGUGAACGCUUUAGCUCUGAAUGGAGAGGUUGAGGAGGCAGUGAAGUAUUUGUGGGAGAUGAUUGAGAAGCAAAGAUCAGCUGAACUCAUUACUUAUAGGACAGUGCUUGAUGAAAUCUGCAGACAAGGAAGGGUGGGAGAGGCAAUGAGGUUGUUGAAGGAGUUCCAAGAGAAAGACCUUCUGAAUGGGCAUACUUACAGGAAGCUUCUAUAUGUGCUUGAAGAUGACUAUGGAGAUUCGAGUGCCCACUCUCAAUUCAGCUCACCUCAAACAGUGCUGUUAAGAAAUCAGCACAACCCUCUCUACGAGAGCUUGCUGCCAAAUAUGUAUUCACCGGCGUCUCUUCCACUGGCACAUGUUCUUGUGGCAUCGUCCUCCUUGUCCAGGAUAAAUCCAAGUGAUCUGGAAGACUCUUUACUCCAAUUGGUCCAAGAGCAACACCAUGCCUCCCUCGGAAUCCACAAACUCACUGAGAAGGCACAGAAUGAAGCCACUAAAAAGGCAGUGUGUGGCAGAGCUUCUGGUGGAAGCAGUGAACGGUGGGAUGAAAGAACUGAUUGGUGGCUCUCACUCACGCGUUCUAAUAACACUGCCAUCAAGGAAAUCGGAGACUUUGAGAACUGGAUGAAGAUAAUGGAAUUUGAUUCUAAAAGCAUCAAUGCAGCUAUCCACAAUAUUCACCAGGCAUAA